AUGACGUUUGGCGAGAACUUGACGAUGAUCAUCAGGUUCUACACCCUGCUCGAGACGUCCAUCGGCGCGAUCAGCCGGCUGAAAUCGUUCAGCGAGAAUGUCAAACAAGAAAGCAGUGAGGGCGAGGACAUCGUACCGCCCAAGGAGCGGCCAGCGGACGGGAAGAUUGACAUCAGCGGCGUGUCUGCCGCAUACGAAGACAAUGGAGAGGCGCCUCAUGAACACCUCGCCCUGGAUAACCUUCGUCUCAGCAUCGCCCCAGGUGAAAGAGUUGCCAUCUGCGGUCGUAGCGGCAGUGGAAAAUCCUCCCUCCUUCUUCUCUUCCUCCGCCUGCUUGACCCCGUGCCCCGACCCAAACCGACAGGCCCCAGCCAAGACCACCAACCCUCCAACAACCCACUCCCUCAACAGAUAGCAAUCGACUCCCUCCCGCUAACCUCCAUCUCCCGAAACCACCUUCGCGCCCGAAUCCUCGCCCUCCCACAAGAACCCGUCUUCCUCCCCUCGGGCACACCCACCCGCACCAACCUCGACCCGCAGCACGCCGCCUCCGAAUCCGACUGCGUCUCGGCGCUGCAAGCCGUCUCUCUCUGGGAAUUCAUCUCGGCGCGAGGCGGUCUCGACGCCCCGCUCUCGCCCGACACACUGUCGCAGGGCCAGAAACAGCUGUUUAAUCUCGCCCGGGCCAUCCUGCGCAGACGGCUCCGGGCUAGGGACAGCGAGGGCGGGAUACUGCUGCUGGAUAUGCAGCGGGUUAUCAUGCGCGAGUUUGCCGGCUAUACAAUUGUUAUGGUGAGCCAUCGGCUGGGUAUGGUGAUGGGGUUUGAUCGAGUGGUAGUGAUGGAUGCCGGGAGGAUUGUGGAGAUGGGCCGGCCCGCGAAGUUGGCUGAGACAGAGGGGUCGAAGUUUAGGGGGUUGUGA